UUUGGUAUGUUUUUGCUAAACCGCGAGUAAAAAGUAUACGGUAGAUAAGUUUUUGUCGAAAAUUUUGACUCAAAGGAAGUAAAGAAUCCGUGUAAAUCAAAUAAACGUUGAGUGAAAAACUCCGAGGGGGAUACGCAUACCGUAUAGACCCGGGCACCCUGUAUCAUGUCGAACUGUCAUGGCGACCAAAACAAAGGAAACGGCUUGGUUGCAGAUUUUGAAAAAUGCACGAAAAACAAGCUUAGUUCAGGAUGGAAGAAGAAAAAUUCACUACACUUUUCCCGAUUCCAGAGAACUGGUGGAGGAAUAUGAUAUUCAUUCUAGUCUUCUACUUGUUCGGAAAUGGAAGUCAAAAACAACAUUAGGUGUUGAAAAAAAAUGGGAAUUUGAAGUUGGUGAAGACUUAUCAAUGCCUGGUCUACAUGAAACAAGCCAAAUUGUUGAAAAUAGGAGCAAUCCAAUAUUUGUUCGUAAGGAUACUAGAGAGUGCUUCCAAUGGCGAAUACGUAAUCUACCAUACAGCAUUGAUGUUUAUGAUGUUACAAUUAACGAUGAUCGACGUCACAUUAUAAUCAGAACAAAAAAUAAAAAAUAUUACAAAAAAUAUGAUAUUCCUGAUCUGGUCAGAAAUCAUAUGCCACUGGAUCAAAAAGCAAUCUCAAUAGCUCAUGCAAAUAACACUCUUAUUAUCAAGUAUAAAAAACCAGCUGAAAUUAUGGAACAAGAAAGAUUAAUAAUGAAAGAACUUGAGAGUAACAAAGCAUCGCGAGAAGGAGAUAUUGAAUGCGCUCCUAGUUAACCAAAUAAACUUUGAAAUAGUUGCGUGGGGAUGUUUUUUUUUCUCAUCCACGUUUACUGUAAUUGAUGUAAAUAUUCUAAUAUUUAAAUACUUAUGUUAGAGCUUUCCGUAAUCUUUUAAAAUAAUUUAUAAAACGAGUUUGAAGUUGUUU